GGUGAAGUAUUUGAAGUAUACACCGGAGCAUUUGCACUGCUUGGCGUAUAUUUACGCACCUUCUUUGCCUCCAGGGACGCCGGUGUUAGGGUUUUACUCUUUUAAAGCAUCUGCUAGUUUCAGAGUAGCAGCAACAGGGGUUGUGCUGCAGACAACAGCAGCACCUUCCAUUCAGAAGAAGUUAAAGUUGGUCGGGGAAGCAAAAAAAAUAUUUAAAAAUACAGCUUUCAUUCGAGGCAUGUUUAACUCCGACUUAGAAGUCGCUCGCUUCAUCGGAGCAAAGAUUCAAACAGUGUCUGGCAUUAGAGGACAGAUAAAGAAAGCGGUGGGCAGCGAUGGGGUGUACAGAGCAGCGUUUGAAGAUAAGAUACUCUUCUCUGAUAUUGUUUUGUGCAAGACAUGGAUUGAAGUGUCUCCUCGUGCUUUUUACAACCCAAUGGUAGAUGUCUCCUCCUGGAGGCGUCUUCGCGGUUUAGCAGAAAUAAGAAGAGCGAAGAGACAGCCGCUUGUUUAUAAAGCAGCAAAUUUAUAUGCCUACGGAGACACCCCGAGGAAGCAGCACAAAUUUAGUGCUAUCAAAAUCCCGAAACAACUCGCAGCUAAACUGCCCUUCCGCUCGAAACUCAAGCUGCAAGCAGCAACAUCAUUGCGGCGGAGGUUAAGAGGCAAGAAACUUCAAGAAGAAGAAGACAUGCAUCGCCCGCUGGUGUCUCGUUCAGAGAAGCAAGCUGCUGCUUUGCUGCAGAAGCUAAGAACAAUAAAGAAUGCGAGUGAGAGAGAGAGGCAGCAGAAGCAGCAGCAGAAGCUGCAGCAAAAGCAGCAGCUGCAACAUAAAAGAGAUGUACAAAAAGAUAAAAAACAAAAACAAUUAAGAAAAAAGAGAUAUGUUAAACAAAGCAAAGUUGAAGUCGGUAUGAGGAAAAAGCUCAGGCUCAACACCGACAGCUAA